GUUUCUGAGUGACGGUUCGUGCUAUAAAUACGAAAGAAAUAUCCAGUAAGGAAACCUAAGUAGCUAGGAAACUUAAAACCACAGUAGCUAGGUUUAGAGAGCUAUAAGAGAAAAUUAUGAGUUCUUUGGAGGGUUUUCUGUGCUUCUUCAUUCUCUCAGUUCUCAUCAGCAUCCUUCACAAACUAUGGUGGAAGCCGGCUCGCAUGCAGAAACUGAUGGCUUCGCAGGGAAUCAAAGGCCCUUCUUAUAAACUCGUUUAUGGAAACACGAAAGAAAUAUCCAGCAUGAAAAAGGAAACAAUGAGCAGUCCCAAGAGUUUGUCACAUGACAUAUUAUCUCAUGUUCUACCUCAUUUUCACUGGUGGACGAACGUAUAUGGGAAGUAUUUUCUUCAGUGGCAUGGUUCUCAACCUCAGUUGGUGAUUAGAGAUCCUGAAUUGUGCAAGGAAAUACUCCAAAACAAAGAUAGAGCUUAUCCAAAAUUAAAGAUCAAAGACUAUCCCAAGAAACUAGUUGGAGAUAGCGUUCUGACAACACCCGAGUAUGAAAAAUGGACAAAAUUGCGAAAGCUCGCAAACCAUGCCUUCCAUGGAGAGAAUUUAAAAGGUAUGCUUCCAGCAAUGGUAGCUAGUGCCGAGUCGAUGCUAGAAAGGUGGAAAAACUAUGAAGGCAAAGAAAUUGAGGUGUUUGAAGAAUUUAAGUUGAUGACUUCAGAAGUGAUUUCCAAAACAGCUUUUGGCAGCAGCUACUUAGAAGGAAAGCUCAUUUUUGAGUUGUUAAUGAAGCUAUGCUUCUUCGCAUUCAAGAACUUUUAUACAGUCAGGUUUCCCGGUAUGAGUAAGUUUUAUAAAACCAGUGAUGAAAGAGAAGCGGAGAAAAUUGAGAAAGCACUGCACAACUCGGUAAUGGAGAUUAUUAAGAAACGAGAAGAGAAGGCAAUAUUAAGGAACGGAGAAGAAGACAGGUUCGGGAGUGAUUAUCUUGGACUACUUUUGAAGGCUCAUCAUGAUGCCGAUGACAAGCAGAGGAUAUCGGUGGAAGAUUUAAUCAACGAGUGCAAGGCGUUUUACUUUGCUGGACAAGAAACCACUACUGUUUUGCUUGCUUGGACUGUCUUGCUUCUGGCUAUCCAUGCGGAUUGGCAAGAGAAAGCAAGAAAGGAGGUCUUACAAAUCUUUGGAGAACGAACACCGAACGCUGAUGGCAUUUCGAAACUAAAAACAAUGAGUAUGAUCCUCAACGAGUCUCUAAGGUUAUAUCCUCCCGUUGUUUCUAUUUCAAGGACAGUUAAAAAGGAAGCUAGGUUGGGAAAGUUCAUGGUUCCUGUCAAUUUAGAGUUGGUUAUUCCGAUUCUAGCACUUCACCAUGAGCCCGAAUUCUGGGGACCUGACGCGCAACUUUUUAAACCAGAUCGAUUCUCAGACGGGGUUGCUAAAGCUACCAACAAUAAUAUGGGUGCAUUCAUGCCCUUCGGAAUUGGACCUCGAACUUGUGCAGGCAUAAACUUUGUAGCCAACGAAGCGAAGGUUGCACUGUCGAUGAUUUUACAGCGGUACAGCUUCAGUCUCUCCCCUGCUUACAUCCACUCGCCUUUUCAGCUUCUUACGCUUCGUCCGCGACAUGGAGUUCAAGUAAUUCUACAUCCUCUUAUGGACUGCCCAUAAACUUUUCCUGAACUUGGUGAAUGGAGUACCGACUGCCGAGUACACAGAUUUUAGUGUCUUCGAUAAAUAUUCCAGCAAUAUAUAUGUAUAUUAUAAAACGGGUAUGAACUUAAUAGAUCCGAUUGUUUGUGAUGAACAUGAUCUAAUGAGAUGAUAAUGGAGAAAUGGUCGGGUUUUUUUCCACUUUCA